AGCAUUGCGCAGGCUCAUGAGGUAGAGGUUCACAUUGGUUUCUCCAUGACCACUCCGACUUGCCUAAGCCACCUACGCGCAGCAUGCGUAUUUCGGUGAUCACUUGCAGCGGGCGCGAGCUUGUUGCCUUAAACGCAGACCCGUCAUGGCAUGUCCACGACGUACUCGCUGCGACACCUGGGCAGGAUACACCCGAUUGUAGUAAGCGCAUCUUCUUCGAGAACGCAGAGCUAACUGGGAGCACCACUUUAGGUGAGAUCGGAGUUGCAAGUGGGAGCGAGUUGACCCUCGUGGUGACACCCAUAUUGUACGUGGUUACCGGAUGCCCUAAUAAUUUAGUAAAAGUGUGGUCUGCUGUCUCUGGCGAGCGCAUUCGCACACUAGACGGCCACCAGGCCCCCGUGCGGUCUAUUGUGUUUUCGCCAAGUGGCUUGGAGGUUUCGACUUCGUCGAACGAUGGCACAGUGAAGAUUUGGUCCGCGACCUCUGGUGAAUGCCUUCGAACGUUGAAGCACGACUGUCAUGUGCUGUCGUCUGCAUUUUCACGUGACGGGCAGUUGGUGCUGACUAUUUCGGGCAAUGGCAUUUCAAGGGUAUGGUCGGCCGCCUCCGGGGAAUGUACGUGGGCACUGGAGCAGCCCGCUCGCGUGUGGUCCGCAGCAUUUUCUCCCGACGGGCAGCAUGUGCUAGCUAUCUCUGGCAUCGGCACCGCAUCGAUGUGGUCCAUUGCUCUUAGAGAAUGCGCAUGCACACUGGAGGGCCACCACAGCUGGAUGAUGCCGGCCGUGUUCAAUUCAGAUGGCACCGAGGUGUUGACCGCUGUCGCAGAUGGCGGAGUCGUCAUCCUCUCCACUGUCUCAGGGAAGAUCCUGCGCGCUCUGGACGGCCACCGCUGCUGGGUGAACUCGGGGGCAUUCUCGAAGGACGGGCGGGCAGUGCUCACCGCCUCGGACGAUGGCACGGCGAAGAUCUGGCGCACCGCCUCCGGCGAGUGCUCGCUCACGCUGGCGGGCCACCGUGGCUGGGUGAAGUCCGCCGUGUUCUCGCCGGCCGGCCAGGAGGUGCUGACCGCAUCGAACGACGGCACUGCGAGGAUCUGGUGCGCUGCCUCCGGGGAGUGCUUGUGCACGCUGCAGGGCCACCGCAGCUGGGUGAACUCUGCCGCGUUCUCGCCGGAUGGGCAAGAGGUGCUGACCACGUCGAAGGAUGGCACAGCAAAGAUUUGGUCUGUAGCUCUCGGCAGGUGCUUGCAUACGGUAGAGGGGCAUGUUGCCAGCUUCUCGUCGUGUACGCCGCCCUAGGGCUGAAGCCCAGCACCGGCAGGGAUGCGAUCCGCACUGGCGGCGGCGAUCAUAUCCGACCGAUGCUGCAGCGCCUCGUUGGCCCAAUCGUCUCGCUUCGCACGCUUCGAUGUCGUGCGAGGGCUCCUGCAGUUCAGCUUGGCGCUGCGCGGGCCACCGGGUCCGGCCUGCCCCGGCGAGGUCGGGGCUCCGCCCGUAGCCAGGACGACCCCGAGGCAGAGGAGGCGGAGACACUCCCCGCUCCCCAGACAUCCGACGUCUCGAUUUUUUCGAGACGCGGGCCCCCGACCUCCCGACCACUUCCCUGG